AUGGGUGUGCAGGACCGGCCCCAGUGCUUCUUCGAGAUAGAAAUCAACCGCGAACCAGUUGGUAGAAUUAUGUUUCAGCUCUUCUCUGAUAUAUGUCCGAAGACUUGUAAAAACUUCCUUUGCUUGUGCUCAGGUGAAAAAGGAAUUGGCAAAACAACUGGAAAGAAGCUCUGUUACAAAGGCACCACAUUCCAUCGUGUGGUUAAAAACUUCAUGAUUCAGGGUGGGGACUUCAGUGAAGGUAAUGGAAAAGGAGGUGAAUCUAUUUAUGGUGGCUAUUUUAAAGAUGAAAACUUUAUUCUCAAACAUGACAGAGCGUUCCUUUUGUCAAUGGCAAACCGAGGGAAACAUACCAAUGGUUCCCAAUUUUUCAUAACAACAAAACCUGCUCCUCAUCUGGAUGGUGUUCAUGUUGUCUUCGGAUUGGUUAUUUCUGGGUUUGAAGUAAUAGAACAAAUAGAAAAUCUGAAAACUGAUACAGCAAGUAGACCCUAUGCAGAUGUGAGAGUUAUUGACUGUGGGGUGCUUGUUACCAAAUCAGCCAAAGAUGCUUUGGAGAAGAAGAGGAAAGUAUGUUCUGAGUCAGAAGCUUCAGACUCCUCCUCCAGUGCAUCAAGCUCUUCAGAAACUUCAUCUGAAAGUGAGGAUGAAAAUGAAAGAAGCAGAAGGAGAAAACGUAAAAGAAGAGCUAAAGCCAAGCAAUCAAAAAAACGAAGAAAGGAAGAGAGGAAAAAAGAGGAUCCAAGGUGCAAGCAAACCUCAAGCCAAAGACGCAGCCUUUCUGACAAGAGUGAUACAACAGAAAAAGCAACUGACGUUAGUGCAAAGAGGGACAAGCCUGUGGUACGUCCUGAAGAAAUUCCCCCAGUGCCUGAAAACAGAUUUUUGCUAAGAAGAGAUGUGCCUGUUGUCAAUGUGGAACCUGAACCGAAGCUUCUUGAUGCUGCACCAGUUCUCAGCGAACAGAAACCCUCAGUCUCUAAAUCUGGACGAAAAAUUAAAGGAAGAGGCACAAUACGCUACCACACCCCACCUCGAUCACGGUCCUGUUCUGAAUCCGAUGAUGAUGAGAGCAGUGAGACCCCUCCUCACUGGAAAGAGGAGAUGCAGAGACUACGAACAUACAGACCUCCAAGUGGAGAGAAGUGGAGCAAAGGAGAUAAGUUGAGUGACCCAUGCACAAGCAGAUGGGAUGAAAGAAGUGCAUCCCGGAGAUCAAGGUCUUGGUCACAUAACGGUUAUUCUGAUCUAAGUACUGUAAGAUAUUCUAGCCAUCACAAAAAGCAUAGAAAAGAGAAAAAGAAGGUGAAACACAAAAAGAAAUCUAAAAAGCAGAAGCACUUCAAGAAGCACAAACAAACAAAAAAGAAAACUUCAGCCUCAUCAGAUGUGGAAUCCUCUCAUUCCUUCCACAGGAGGACAAAGUCAUCUUGUGAUCGUGAGAGGAAAUCUCGUUCUUCUUCCUCAUCUUCUAGACAUUCAUCCAAAAGAGACUGGUCUAAAUCUGAUAAAGACGACCAGAGCUCAUCAACUGUAUCAAGCAGAGGGACUCGGUCAUACUACAGGUCCAGAUCCAGGUCUAAAUCAAGAUCUUAUUCCCGAAGAAGUUCUAGGUCAAGAUCAGCCUCUAAAUCAUCACGUUCUCGAAAUAGGUCAAGGUCAAGUUCUAACUGUAGGCAUCAAAAGACAGUUUCCAAUUCUCCACGAAAUCUUUCAACACGAUUAACUGAAAAUAAGUUGAACAAGUCUGUUGAGCCUGUAAGAGCAGUUAUCCUUCCCAGUGAUAAAGUGGUUGUACCACCGGUUGUCCCAGAAAACCUCCCUGUUAUACCCUUAAGCGAUAGUCCACCACCUUCAAGGUGGAAACCUGGGCAGAAACCAUGGAAACCAUCUUAUGAGCGAAUUCAGGAAAUGAAAGCUAAAACAACCCACUUAAUACCCACACAAACUAGUUACAGUUUAGUAGUGGUUAAAGAGGCUAACACUUCUUCCUCCUAUCGUAAACGACAGAGGAGUUCAGAUAGCGAUCGAAGCAGUUACUCCAAGUAUCGUAGCUCAGAUAGUUGCCCAAGAUCAAGAAGCAGAUCGUCUCGAAGUAGGUCAUAUUCCAGAUCUUACACAAGGUCUAGAAGUCCAUCUAGCUCUAGGACAAAAUCUCAUUCUUCUGGCAGAUCACCAUCACUGAGUAAAUACAGUGACAAGUCAGGGUAUAGUGAGUCAACAUCUUGCUAUUCCCCUAGUGAUGAUGAUAGACACAGGAAGAAAAGAAAAUCCACCUCGAGUGACCAGAAAGCUCGGUCUCUUAAACUGAAGCAAGAGACAAGCUCUGAAAGUACCCUCCCUUAUAAGAGUACAAAAGACUACGAUGAGUCCUCUCAAGGAUUGAAAGAGAGUGACACUUUAUCAUCUUCAAACUUCUCUACUGACAGUGAGCGUUCUGCUAAAGUGAAAGUGCUCCAAGAAAAAGAAGGCCGCUUGCAAUUAGAAGGAGAUGUUCAGAAGCAGGAUAAAAAUAGCUUAAGUUCUGAGCGAAGGGAGGAGAAGUCCAGGCAUGAGCGGGAUUCUAAUCACAGUAAAAAGAAAACUGCCAAGGAGAAGUCUGCUGAGCAGCCUAGGAGUGGUGCAAACACGAAACGAAAAUCCUAUUCAGGCAGUAAAUGGGACUCUGAAUCAAAUUCUGAAAGAGGAGAGGCAAGGUGUAAAAGGGGAGAUUCCAGACUCUCCUCUAGUAAAGAAGAAGGAGAGGCCUCAUCGGGAUCUGAUACAGAGCGUAGUGUGGAUAAAAGGAUGAAGAAACAAUCAAAUUCUUCAGAAGGCUUUCUGGAUUCUGACUGUACAUUGAAGACAAGCAAACAGUUGUCAUCAUCUGACUCUGAGAGUUCUUGUUCUAGCUCAGCAAACUUUAGAGGAAAGUCAAAAAAACACAAACAUGGAUCAAAAAAAACACUUAAAAAAGCACACUCCAAAAAAGCAAAAGAAAAAUCAAAAGGGAAAAAGGAAAGGAAACACAAAGUUCAGAAAAGAAAGGAAAUGUUUCAUUGGCAGCCUCCCCUGGAGUUUGGUGAAGAAGAUGAUGAUGAUAUCGAUGAAAAGCCGGUUACCAAGGAUGAUAAAAAAGAAAAGCAGCUUAGCAGGGACAUAAAGGAUAAAACAGAAGCUCAUGAAAAGGAUGAAAUAGUCAAAGAUAAAAUGGGAAAUGGUGAAAAGUCUUGUCUGGAUGAAAACCUUUUAGGUAAAAGCACUACGUGUGAUGCCUCGCCAGAUCUCAGUAACCUUAAUAAAGAGAGCACUGAGACAAACUCUUCAGCCAGCGUUUUAAACUCAGGGAUAAACGUGACCACUGGCAAGGGUGAGAUGAAACAAGCAGAAGAAAGUAAUGAGAACGGCUUGGAAGAUGUCAUUCAAACAGAUGACAACAUGGAGAUUUGUACUCCAGAUCGUAACUCACCAGGGAAAACUGAUGUGGACAUUCUGUCCCCUGUCAUUCUCACUGCUAAACCUCAGGAUUUAAGUGCUGGUGUAAGCAAAGAGCUACAGGUUGAGCCCCCUGAACAAGAGGCUGUCAAACUAGGAAACAAUAGUAUAGACAUUAUUAGCAUUACAGAAGAAAAAGAAACAGGAAGGCAAGAAAACAACCCUGUCUCUGUGUCUAGUGCUAAAGACUGCAGCUUAAAAAGUGAAAAUACUGAAAAUACACAAAGCAAUAUGAUAGAUAAUAAAUGGAAGCCUUUGCAAGGUGUUGGUAACUUACAGCCAGCAGCAAUUAGUACUGCUGCAGAAGUUAAGAAUGUAACUUCAGCACCAGAACCUAAACCGGCAGGUUUAAGAAUUGAAAUAAAAGCUAAAAAUAAAGUGAGGCCUGGAUCUCUGUUUGAUGAAGUCAGAAAAACAGCACGGCUAAACAGAAGGCCAAGGAACCAAGAAAGUUCCAGCGAGGAGGAAUCUCCCAGUCGAGAUGACAAGAGCCCAUCCAGGAGCCUCAGUAGGUCACGAAGUAAAUCCGAGUCUAAGUCCAGGCAUAGAACAAGGUCCAUAUCUUACAGUCACUCAAGAAGCCGAUCCCGAAGUUCUACAUAUUCAUAUAGGUCAAGAAGCUACACAAGAAGCCGAAGCAGAGGAUGGUACAGUAGAGAUCGGUCAAGAAGUCGAAGCAGCUCUUACCACAGUUACAAGAGUCGAAGUCGAAGCUAUAGCAGAAGUAGAUCCAGAAGUAGUUCUUCCGGUCAUCACAGCCGAUCCAGUAGGUCUUACACAUAUGAUAGUUACUACAGCAGAAGCCGAAGUAGAAGUAAAAGGAGUGACAGCUACCGAAGAUCUAGAAGCUAUGACAGGAGAUGCAGAUCUUCUGGCUCCGACAGCGAAAGCGAUCGUAGUUACUCCAACAAUCGAAGUCCCAGUGAAAGCAGCAGAUACAGCUGA